CCAGAGUGCUAAAUUUAUCUUCAGACCGGGACCGCGCCAGCAGCGAAUCGGAUCUCUAUGGAGGUGGCAUAGGCGGUAUCCCUGAGCUGAGAGCAUCACCCGGCCCCGCAUCCUUCUUUCCUCUUGUUUUGUUUUUCGCCCCCUCCCCCUCCCUCCUCCCUCCAGUCCGCGACGACUGGCUCUUGACCCCGUUCAGGCCUCGGUGAAGGCUUUUGGUUACUUCCCUUUCCACCCCAUCCCUUAAUUUUAUUCUUUUGAAGAGUCUACAUUUCAAGCUGCCAAGGUGGAGAGUGACUGCAGAAGGGAGUACUCCUCAUUUCAGCUUUUAUUUUUAUGUGAUAAUCUACCUUUUAAGAAAGGUGUGCCAUACCUGAGAGCACCAGGAAGUCGCAUGAGAGAUCACCUGAUAAUCGAACGUGUGAUGUUCCAUCUGCGCACUGAUGCAUAGGCAGCAUUUACAAAUUAACUGAUGUGUUACUCUGUAUCAUCUCUUGCCUUCUUUGUAUCCUGUCUUAUAAUUUCAACACAUUUGUGAUACUCAAUGUUUAUUCUAAAUUAACCAUGUUUUGUACCACAAAUUCAUUGCCCAUGGAUCUUUUGCUGAAACAAGGAAAUCUUAAACAAGAAGUAGAGUCAUUUUGUUAUCAAAUUGUAUCUGAAUCAAAUGAUCAAAAGGUUGGAAUAUUACAAAGUGAAGAUGAACAGUUGCAGCCUUCGGUUUCUAAAAAAUCAGAAGGUGAGCUUUCUAGGGUCAAAUUUAUGUCCAAUUCCAACAAAAUAACAUUUAGUAAGAAACCAAAAAGAAGAAAAUAUGAUGAAAGUUAUUUGUCUUUUGGAUUUACUUACUUUGGAAAUAGAGAUGCACCUCAUGCUCAGUGUGUAUUAUGUAAAAAAAUUUUAUCAAAUAGCUCUUUAGCCCCUAGUAAGCUUCGAAGACAUUUGGAAACUAAACAUGCCGCAUAUAAAGACAAAGACAUAAGCUUUUUCAAGCAGCAUCUUGACUCACCUGAAAAUAAUAAACCCCCAGCACCCAAAAUUGUCAAUACAGAUAAUGAAAGUGCUACAGAGGCAUCUUACAAUGUAAGUUACCAUAUAGCUCUGAGUGGAGAGGCUCAUACUAUUGGAGAAUUGCUUAUCAAACCUUGUGCAAAAGAUGUAGUGAUGCGAAUGUUUGAUGAACAGUAUAGUAAAAAAAUAGAUGCAGUACAACUAUCAAACAGUACUGUUGCUCGACGAAUUAAGGAUCUGGCUGCUGAUAUUGAAGAAGAGCUUGUUUGUAGACUGAAAAUUUGUGAUGGGUUUUCACUACAACUAGAUGAAUCAGCUGAUGUUUCAGGACUUGCUGUGCUGCUUGUGUUUGUUCGUUAUAGGUUUAAUAAGUCUAUUGAGGAAGACCUACUUUUAUGUGAAUCUUUGCAAAGUAAUGCAACUGGUGAAGAAAUAUUCAACUGCAUCAACAGUUUUAUGCAAAAACAUGAAAUUGAAUGGGAAAAAUGUGUCGAUGUUUGUAGUGAUGCUUCUAGGGCAGUGGAUGGAAAAAUCGCUGAGGCUGUCACCUUGAUAAAAUAUGUGGCUCCUGAAAGCACCAGUAGUCACUGCCUAUUAUAUCGACAUGCUCUAGCAGUUAAAGUAAUGCCUACAUCUCUAAAAAAUGUGCUAGAUCAAGCAGUACAAAUCAUCAAUUAUAUUAAAGCUCGACCUCAUCAAUCCAGACUACUAAAAAUUUUAUGUGAAGAAAUGGGUGCUCAGCACACAGCACUUCUUCUAAAUACUGAGGUAAGGUGGCUUUCCCGAGGUAAAGUUCUUGUAAGACUUUUUGAGCUUCGGCGUGAACUACUGGUUUUCAUGGAUUCUGCUUUUCGACUAUCUGAUUGUUUAUCAAAUUCAUCCUGGCUGUUAAGACUUGCAUAUCUUGCAGAUAUUUUUACUAAAUUAAAUGAGGUUAAUCUGUCAAUGCAAGGAAAAAAUGUGACAGUUUUUACAGUGUUUGAUAAAAUGUCAUCAUUAUUAAGAAAAUUAGAAUUUUGGGCCUCAUCUGUAGAAGAAGAAAACUUUGAUUGUUUUCCUACACUCAGUGACUUUUUGACUGAAAUUAAUUCUACAGUUGAUAAAGAUAUCUGCAGUGCCAUUGUACAGCACCUAAGGGGUUUGCGCUCUGCUCUUCUAAAAUAUUUUCCUGUAACAAAUGACAAUAAUGCUUGGGUUAGAAAUCCAUUUACAGUAACUGUUAAACCAGCUUCAUUAGUAGCACGGGACUAUGAGAGCCUUAUUGAUUUAACAUCUGAUUCUCAGGUGAAACAAAAUUUCAGUGAACUUUCACUAAAUGAUUUUUGGAGUAGCCUAAUUCAAGAAUAUCCAAGCAUUGCAAGGCGUGCAGUUCGUGUACUACUUCCCUUCGCCACAAUGCACCUGUGUGAAACAGGGUUUUCAUAUUAUGCUGCGACAAAAACAAAAUACAGGAAAAGACUUGAUGCUGCACCUCACAUGCGGAUCCGACUUAGCAACAUUACACCUAAUAUUAAACGGAUAUGUGAUAAAAAGACACAAAAACACUGUUCUCAUUAAAAUUGGAGCUUUUUGCAUGUCCCUUGAUAACCAAAUGUAACAUGAAAAUAAAAGAUGAUUUACUUCAUCUCUAGUAUUUGAGAUUUUAAAUAAAGUUAUUCAAGAUUUUUUAUACUUCUUAGGUCUUAAGAAAACUAAAGAAUCAAAAAAAAAAGUUAUUGUUGGCAUUUUUUUUACAUUGUAAUUUCAAGGAUUUCUCUGGUCUUAACUGGGAAAUGAUGAUCCACUAGAUAAAUUCCAGUUCCUUAGAAUAACAUAUCUCUUCAGGAUAUCUCAUCCCUACCCAUUUUUCUAGCCAUGCCUGCCUUGCAACUCUCCAGCCCCGUGGAACUUCUUGUCACUCCCUAAACAUGUCACACUGUUGCAUGCUAUCAGGUCCAAAAAAACUAUUGCAUCCCCAUCUUGCUUCCUGAUUUGUUUUUCAGUACACAGUGCUACUCUAGUUUUGGUUUUGUUUGUUUUUGUUUUCAGUUAUUUUGUUAACUAGAAUUCCAUGUGGCCAUUAUUCAAAAGUCACUGAAGAUGUCAUAGUUAUGUGAUUCAAGCUGCACUAUUGAAGGAGAGGAAAAGAAGCAUGGAAAACAUUUUCAGAUAUUUUAUUUCCAGUUCCAAAUAGAUUAUUGCAAAUUCCAUAUACUAUAUUCUAAAUUAAUGAGACUUUUCUGUACAGCACUUGAAGAUGAUUAAACUUUAACUCCUUAUCAGUUUAUUCUUAUAAUACUGUAAAAGCCUCCUGAAUGACUUGGCUGUCUGGACUACUUUUCCCCGUCACAUGAUACAACACAGGCCACCAUCUCAGUGUUAAAUAUUUUGUGUUGCUCCUGUGGUUGAGAGCCAUUAUUUAUUUAAUCGCGCUUAUUGAAACCUGUCUCCCCCUUUGGGGAAUAGGAAUACCUCCCUAUAUAUCUGUCAGGCACCUUAGUAGAGGCUUUGUAUGUUAUCAGUAAUCUUUACAGUCCUAAGAAUUUAGGUAAUUUUGGACUUACCCAAGGUCACACAGUAAGUGGAAUUUAGUUUGUCUUUCCCAAAGGUGUAAUUUUUUCCAGUUUGCCUUGCAAACUUCUGAAAGCAUCAAACAGUGACUUGUGUGUAUAAUCUAAAACUCCCUACCAGAAUUCAGACUUUUUUCGAAAUCUGUUUUCUUCUGAAAUCAUCCAAAAUUAGCCAUCUAAUUUUUAAUAGACAUGAAUGUCAUUUUCGUGUAAAAAUUGUAUGAUUGCCUAGUUUAAUAUAAGAAUAUGGGUUAAAUUGCUAUCAAGUAAAUUCUCCAGAAAGAUAUAUCAUGAUUACUCAUGCAUGCCAUACUCUUUGUGUACUAACCCUAGAAUUAAAUAUGCCCUAGAUUGAGAAUAUGUUCAGUGCCAUGUCUGUCUGGCUCAAACCUGGAGUCUGAUCACUAGACUCAUUGAUUGCUGAGCCCGAGUCCUUGAUUAGAUCAUAUUUGUUCAAGGUGUCAUCCUCUUAAAAUAUGACACCUCUUAUGUUUCAACACUUUUAUCCUAACAGCCUCCUCUGGGAGUCUAGAUUCCUGCACUUAAAUCCAUUUUCACAACUGGGACCCUGUCAUCUGUUACUAGAUCUCUUUAUUGAUGAUGCUACCCAACUUUGGUGCCAACACCACCUAUUUAUAACUUCUUAGGACUUUCCUGUGGGUUGUAAGCUAGUGAGAACAGCCUUUUAGCACUUAAAGAUGGGUCUAGUACCUACCUGCUGGAUUAUAGGGCAAGUCUACUUCCUGACGACAACAUCUAAAUUAACCUAGUAUAGUUGUUACCAUGACAGAAUCCAAAAACAACAUCUUUUCAUUUAUGUUUAACAUUACCUGCCCUUCAAAAUUGGCAUUCUCUUCUGUGAAAAGCAAAGUAAGCAGCACGGCCAUCCUGCUUUUCUCGCCUCCUAACAGUCCUUUGGUUACCCUUCUGCCAGACAGCAUCCCUGAGACUUUGACACUAGAGCCUCUGUCUAGAGCUAGCCCGGAAGCCUCUGAAAACCUUUCACUCAAAAGAGAACUACUGUUAAAGAAGAAAUAAGACAUUUCACUGAAUAAUAGAAGACCUAUCUGGGUCUAAAUGAUAUUCUUGAGGCGACUUCAAGUGACAACUACCCUUCUUGCCUGUGAAUGAAACAGUAAAGUUCUGAUGUGCCCAACCCAAAAGGACCCUCACUUUUAUUCCCUGUAUUUCAAAAGUAAUUGAAUUCCUUUUUUGUUAAAUUUUGUUCAUCACCACAUGUAUAAGAACACCAAUCAUAAGCUCUUGGUAGUUAAGACUUCUUUGGGUCAUUUGUAAGACUUCACAAGUUCCUAAUCAUGAAAAGUGCUCAGUGAAUUUUAUAUCUUAGCUUAAAGUAUUAAGGUAAAAUACAAUCCAUACUUUAUUAUGAAAAAUUAACAUUAAUAAUGCUUAGUCUUACUUAAAAGGCAGUGACUAGCAAGCCUUUGUCUAUCAUGGAUUUCAAAGGCAACAUUUUUUUUAGUAAUCUCUCCUGUUGCCUUAAUGCAAUUUUACUCCCCAAAAUGUGAUUCACAUACAAUCAUGAAAAAAUCCAUCAGCUAUGUAAACCUAAGUGCCUCUGGAACUUAUCUUUGCUUAUUUCAUUUUUUAAAGUUGGUAUCACUGCACUGUUAAUGAGUACAAUGGAAAGAAUUCUCAAGCGGGUGUCAAGAGAUUUGUGUUCUCCAAUUAAUGCCAUAGAUAAUAAGUUCAUUUCCCUCUCCAGGUCUUAAUUUCUUCACUUAGUAAAUGAAAGGAAUUGAACUCGAAUGAAUAAAGUGUUUAUCAAUAAGAUCAAUCUUUAAACAACUGAAGAUUAGGCUGAUAUGUGCUCAGUUAUUUGAAAUAUAACUUUUUUCUUACAAGAUAAGCUUUUUCAGGGGCUGGGGUUGUGGCUCACUGGUAGAGUGCUUCCCUAGCAGGUGUGAGGCACUGGGUUCAAUUCUCAGCACCACACAUAAGUAAAUGAAUAAAAUAAAGGUCUAUCAACAUCUAAAAAAAUUUUUAAAAACAUAAUUUUCAAUCAGUCUUUUAUCCUAACACUUUCUAUUAGCCAAAAGAUAAAAUUUAUAAAUUGCCCCAUCAUGCAUACUUACUUGGUAGAAAGAAAGAGGGACUUUUUUGGAA